GCCGCGUCGAGGGGCCCCGAGGCGGCAGAGGCGCGGCGCCCAGCCCGCCUGCACCGCGCCAUGGCCCCGCGCGCCCGGAGGCGCGGCCCGCUGUCCCGGCUGCUGGCGCUGUGCGCGCUGCUCGCCCCGCUGCAGGUGACCUUCCAGGUCACUCCUCCGUGUGUUACUGACAGGCAAUACAAGCAUGCUGGGCGGUGCUGCAACAAAUGCGAACCAGGAAAGUACAUGUCUUCUAAAUGCACUACUACCUCUGACAGUGUGUGUUUGCCCUGUGGCCCCGAUGAAUACUUGGAUACCUGGAAUGAAGAAGAUAAGUGUUUGCUGCAUAAAGUUUGUGACACAGGCAAGGCCCUGGUGGCGGUGGAUCCUGGCAACCGCACGGCCCCGCGGCGCUGCGCCUGCACGGCUGGGUAUCACUGGAGCCAGGACUGCGAGUGCUGCCGGCGCAAUUCGGAGUGCGGGCCUGGCUUUGGCGCUCAGCACCCCUCUCAACAUGGACACCGUGUGCAAGCCUUGCCUUACAGGCUACUUCUCAGAUGCCUUUUCUUCCACUGACAAAUGCAAACCCUGGACAAACUGUACUGUUCUCGGAAAGAGGGAAGAACAUCGUGGGACAGAGAAAUCAGACGCGGUUUGCAGUUCUUCGCUGCCAUCUAGAAAACUGCCGCGGGAGCCCCGGAUUUACCUGCCCAGUGUAAUCAUCCUGCUUCUCUUCGUGUUUGUGGCAUUAGUAGCUGCUGUCAUCUUUGGUGUUUACUAUAGGAAAAGGGGAAAAACAGUGACAGCGAAUUUGUGGCACUGGGUCAAUGAUGCUUGCAGUCGCCUAAGUGGAAAUAAGGAGUCCUCAGGCGACAGCUGUAACAGUGUCCACUUGGCAGCCUCUCCUCAGCACGAGGUGUGUGAAGGUGUCUUCCUGCUGACUCUGGAGGAGAAGAUUUCACCAGAUAGGUGCUGUCUGGACGGUGCUGGUGUCUUCAGGGGUGCACGUGCAGGAGCUGGGCCCUGUGCACAGGGUGAAGAAGCCAGGACUUUCUCUCUGGUGGAGAUCGAUGGGGACCCCUUCAGGCAGAUUCCCACGGAAGACGAGUACGUGGAUAGGCCCUCGCAGUCCCCAGAGUGUUCCCUCUUGCGGACCCAGCCUGGAAGCAAAUCCACACCCCCUUUUUCGGAGCCCCUGGAGGUGGGGGAGAAUGACAGUUUAAGCCAGUGCUUCACAGGAACUGAAAGCGUGGUGGAUUCAGAAAGCUGUAACUUCACGAAGCCCCCGUAUAGAACUGACUGCAUUCCUGAGUCCCCUGAAAAAUAUUCCCCAAAAGAGGGGGGAGAUGGCGGCGGCCCACGCUGGGCAGCCAGCGCCAGCUUGGCAGGUGACUGCACAGGCUGCGGGGACCCUCCCGGGGAGGACCAUGAUGCCCUCGAGAGUUCCCCGACGUGUGGACACUUGCCUCAGUGUGCCUGUGGCAUCGGCCUUCCCACUGAGGAAGCAGCCAGCAGGGCAGAGGGGGGUGAAGCGCCCCAGGAUGGGGAUGAUGCCAGGCUUCCAGGCUCCUCCAGGGGAGGCCCCGGAUCUGGGAGCUCCUCCAGUGACCAGCCUCCUGUGUCUGGAACCGUGACCGGGAACAGUAACUCGACGUUCAUUUCCAGCGGACAGGUGAUGAACUUCAAGGGCGACAUCAUCGUGGUCUACGUCAGCCAGACGUCGCAGGAGGGCGCGGCGGGGCCGGCGGGCGCGGGCGCGGAGCCCGUGGGGCGCCCGGUGCAGGAGGAGACGCUGGCGCGCUGCGACUCCUUCGCGGGCAACGCGCCCCGCUUCGCGGACACGGUCGCCGAGGCGCUGCGGGAGCCGGGCGAGGCCUCGCGGCCGGUGCAGGAGCAGGGCGCGGGCUGAGCGGAGCGGCCGGGCGCGCGGUUCCCCCUGCGGUUCCCGCCCCGGAGGGCCCGGACUCUGCGGAGCGGGGCGGGGCGCGGCGAGUGCACCCCGCGGGCGCGCCGGGCCGGCCGUGUCGCCCUCGCUGCCUUCCCGCCUCGCGCAGGGUCGCUUCGUCCCUGAUUGCCACCUCUUGACAACUUUGUUGUGACUGUCUGGUGUCGUCCAGGCUGUGUUUUUAUUCACUUUCUUUCAUAUUUCCUGAUACUUUUUCCUGCACCUUUUUUUUCCUAUUUAAGGAAUUUUUCAAAACCCUUCUUAAAACAAAUAUAUAUAUAUAUAUAUAUAUAUAUAUAUAUAUAUAUAUAUAUAUAUAUAUAUUUCUCGGCUUCACACUGUUCUGCUGAUGCUGUCCUAGUGUGUGUCUACGAACUUAACUUUCAGGGAAAGGCUAGGUCUGCAAAGCCUUGAAUCUUGGAAUGAGGUGCAGGGUACCUGUAGACGGACUUUUAUUUUCUGAGAAAUGUUCAGGGUCCCCAUUUUUCUAAACGGAAGAAAACAGGAAUGUUUUCCCCCCUGUGAAUGUUUUUAAGUUUGUAUAGCUCCUGGAGCGGAGCUGGGUUCAGUGCGUGGCCUUGUCCCCUCCCACCGUCAGUGGCAACAGGUAUUUGGCAACUAUCUUAAAAAAAAUUGGCAGCUGGAUCUCUAAAAAUUGCUACAGUUGACAUUCUUAAUCUUGAUGUCUCUCUGAAGGUGAAAAUAAUAAUGAUAAUCAUAAUCGUAGGGCACUGGGUUUGCCUGCCCACAAAGUGGAAAGGAGGUGUCAGGGAAGUUCAAGAAAGAAUAAAAUUGAGAUUAAUUUGCAUUUUCUCUUUCCAGAGAUGAAUGCCAUGAAUAUGUUUAAACAGUAGACCCUUCUUUCUUCCUAAAUAAUUGUGCAUCUGUAAGUUAGCCUCCACGAAAAUACCCCUACUUGUUUUUAGUGCAUUUAAAUGACUAACCAAAUCCUCACAUUGUGAGUAUAAGACAGCUUAUUACCUGCCUCACUUUUCUCUUGCAAUUGGUCCUCUUGCAAGAUAACAGAACACGAGUCGGCCUGAAAUGAAAUCACCUGUGUGGAUUUAUCUAGUGUGGCCAGGGAGCCACAGUGGUUUUCCUCAAUACUGGAGAAAUGUAUUUCUCACCUUAGCAAAUUAAAAGUCACUUUGCACAUCUCGUAGGUGCUAAUAAUGGUCACUGUGCUGACUUUAAUGGUCAUAGAUGUCCACCUGAAGAGGAAAACGGCUGUGCAUCGUUGUCUUUCUCCUGGUCUCAGUUCUCCUUGAAGUGCAGGGUGAGAACAGUCGACUGUGACUUUUAAUGCAGAAGCAGGGGACAGCUCUGUCCUGCAUGGGAUCCUCACCAUGCAGAUGCGAAUAACUGCAGGAAUAACUGCCAGAAUAACCCGUUGGUGGGAAUUUACCAUCUUUUCUAUCCUUUUAGUUAACAUCCAUCCAGAGCAAAAUACAACAAAAUGGGGAAAAAAACAUACCUUUUGAUCCAGAACAUAUUAAACAGACAAAAUAAUAGUUCACGAAGUAGAAUGCUGAGCUAAAAACCCACAUUUCCACUGUGACUGUCAUUAUCUUAUUUCACCUCUCUGUUUUAAUUGUACUUUCUACGAAAUGACAAUAAUGAUAAUUUAUCAUAGUUUUCUUACCCAGAGGUAUCAAAUGGAUGCUACAGUGAAUGUUAAAGUACCUUGAACUCCUUAAAUAAAAGGAGCUUUAUUAGUACAUUUUGUCUAAUUUCAGAAAAAUGCUAUUCUUUCCCAUAGAUGUCUACUAAUGCUGUAUCAUUCCAAAGGCAACUGAAUGAUGGGAAAUGGAUAGCAAAUAUAGGUGUGUCUGUAUAGAGACAUAGGUAACCAAUGUAAACAGAAUAAAAUGAAACCAAUAAAAAAUCAUUUGGUGGACAUGAUACAGAGAUUAUUAAACUAAUAUUUGACCAUAAAAUAUUUUUCAUGGCUUGCUAAAACAAGUUUCAUUUCAAACUUGUGAUCCAAUGUAUUCCUGAUUUGUAUGGCAUGCUGAGGUGUCACAUGUUGGUUUUAUUUUGUGUUUUGUUGAUUCUCUUGAUAACAGGCUUGGGAGAAAAAAUCCUUUGAUGAUGUAUCUGCUAUGAAUCUCACAAGAGAACUACAUGCAGUCUUCCUACUAGUGAGAGAGUUGAAGGGGAAGGACCUGCAGAGGGGACUGCGGCCUACCCACAUUUACUCCACUGCUACAAGACAGGAUUAAUUUCUUUUUCUACCUGAGGAUGUGAAAAGUGGUUUGAAUGUAAUGUAUAGAAACUUCAUAGGGCAGGGGAACGUAUUGUUACUGUAUAAGAAACCAUUCCAAAGCUCAAUAGCUUAGAACAACUGCCACUUACCUAGUUUACUAGGAUCAGCUUGGUUUACUGGAUCGGCUCCGGAGGAUUUUCAGGCCCAGGUCCCGCAAGGCUGGACUUCCUCGCCUGGUUGCAGUGAGCAGGCUGGUCGUUGGGGGUGUUCUGGGCUUCACAUGGUCUUUUGUCCUUCCACCCUUCAAGCAAGGCUGGUUCUUCUGGUGAUGUCGGGGCCCAGGGAAAGCAGGCAAAAUCCAGCCAGGCUCCUUGAGGUGUAGGCACUGAUGGACACACUUUCCUUCAGCCACUUCUGUUGGCCAAAGCAAGUCCCAAGGCCAGUGUACAUUCAAGAAGUGGGAGACAGACCCCUGUAAGAAGAACUAAAGAGUAGCGUAGCUGGGUGGGUUACGAAAAGGGGCAGCUGGGGACCCCUUUGUCACGUGUCUCUCACAGGGACAUUAUUUGGAUCAAAAUGGUGCAGAGAAGAGUUCUAUCUGGAAACAAAGCAGGCACGUUUCCCAACUCCUGAUAAAUGAAGGAUUCCUUUUGGGUCCUGACCUAGAUCCCCCAUCCCCCAAAUGAGUGUAUGGCGGAGGUUUAAAUAAAAUAAAACAAAUCGUAUGAUUUUAGGGCUCCAGGAGUGUCAAAACCCUUUAGUUGAGCUCCAGACUCUGAGGGCUAAGACACAGAGUUUUCUGGACUGCCCACUUUAUUUAUUAGGCCCAACAACAAGGGGCAGGGAAACUGAGGAAAGAGCAGGCAAUGAGCAGGACCUUGGGAGUCACUUCAAGGACGUCUCCAAGUAGUGAAUCAAGUCAAUUCAGUAGAACUGUCUUAUCAUGAAGACACGGUAGGAGUGAGACUGUAGGAAUAAUUCUGCAACUGCAGUCUCCAUCUACUUAAUUGAUGUUUGGGCCAAGUGUCCACAGCUGUGGCCUUAUCUUGCCCUUUGAGGUAUCUCUGGCCUCACAGGCCACUGCAGGCCUCAGCCAGGACCAGUGAUUCAUAGAGGUUCACUCACUGUGAAUCAGCAAGGGGCCUAGGCCUAGGACAGACUCACAGAUAAACAUAGAAAGCCAAUUAGUAAAAUUGAAAUCCUGCUCAGAUCUGCUUCGUAGUGGUCUCCAACAGAUUCCCUCUCUAUAAUCGAAUUCCUCCAGUGGGAGAGACAUUCAUGUUCAUAUUUAAGUAUCAAAAUCUCUUCCAAAGUAAAUGGAGAUGAUUUGGGAAUUGGGCCUAUGAUAUUACUGCCAUACUCCAUUGCACAGAAAAUUGAAACAUGACUUUAUAAAAUAAGAAAACUGGGAAGAUGCUUUGGGUAGAUGAACCAGUUAAUAAGCAGAUAGAAGACUUAGUGUUCACCUUUACUGUGCGUCAACAAAUAUGCUUUUUAUGUACUGGGAUAAAGAGUGACAUGAACCAAGCACUGUCUGUGAUGGACAUGUGGGGUAGUACAGACCUGUUUGUUCUCUGUAGUCUUGAAAGCAUAUGAUUCCCCUAGUCCAUUUGCCUCGAGACACUGUGUGUGUGGUGCUCUGGUGCAAGUUGCACAGUCUGAUUUGGGAGAGGGAAUAAAGCUCUCAAGACCCUGCA